CUCCUCCUCACACACUCCUCUCUGGCAGCUGGAUCUCCUCGUCACCAUGGGUAAAAUCAACGGCUGUCUGAAGUGCGUCUUCGUCCUGCUCAACGCCGUGUUCGGGAUCCUUGGAGUUUUGAUGAUACUUGGACUUCUGCAGGCCCCCCAGCAGCUGUCAAGACAGAUGGGCCCCGGAUCCCGGGCUGGGCUGUGGGUAUUCUCCGUUGGGAUGCUGCUGGUUUCCAUCCUCGGGCUGACGGCCGCCAAGACCGAGAAGACAGCACUGCUCAUAGGGGAUGCAUUCAGGGUCAUUAGGAGCCGUGGUGAACGGACAGACGUCGGCCCCUAGUGGCCGCUGGGAGGUUAGGCGCCUUGAUUGUCAGGUGCGUCUACCGCAGUCUACUUCUCCAGCUGCUGUCAGUAAGCGUGAUAUCACACACCAGGGGCCGUAUUACAGAAACUUCCUAUCUUAAGUCCUAAGUUAAGAUAGGAGAAGUGGAGAUAGGAUUUUUCUCAAUUUGGUAUUACAGAAACAUAUCCUAUCUUAAUUUAGGAAUCCUAUCUUAUCUCAGGUUAAGAUAUCCUAAGUAGGCGAUCUAGCAUCGACAUUCAGCUUUUAUGUCUGUUACCUAGCAACUGAUGAAAUUGUUGUCGGAACACGUCACUUCACAGCUGACAACUGUCAUAAUCCUAAAAUAUCCAAAAACAACUGCUAGCUAUGGAUGGGAUUGGGAAAAUACAACGUCGUGCCGAAAAUUUUAAAGCGGACGAAAUAGAAAAGUUGGUGAGUUUAGUAGAAAGCUCAAAGGAAAUAUUGUAUGGGAAAUUUUCUAUGAGUCUGACCAAAGAAAAGAAAGACCAAGAAUGGCUGAAAAUAGCCGAAAAGGUGAGCACCGUAUCAGGGAUCAGUAGAAACGUUGAAAACGUCAAGAAAAAAAUUACCACACUGACGAGUGACGUUAAGAAAAAAGCAACGUUAAUUUGUAAAGACCGGAGAAUUACCGGUGGUGGCAACUCUUCCGCUACCCCCCUGACACCGGCGGAGGACCGGAUUGUGGGACUCCUCAGCAAGGCUGACUACGAGGGUAAGGCCAGUUUAUAGACCUCCGUAAAGUGCUGUUGGUAGACACGGAGAGCCUGUCGGAGAUCCUUUUUUUUUUUUCGGAAUGCCUUCUCCCGUUUGACUCUGCACAUUGUUUACUUUGCACAUUAAGGACCAAUAAAACACCAAAUAAGAUUUGAAAAGCUUUGGAAGUUUAUUUACAACCCUAUUUACAUGGUUUGUAAACUUUGUAGUCAACAUAUCGAUCGGAAGGCGAAUUGCAUUGCGUAUCCGACAUCCCGACGGAGAACUUUGAAGAGUGAAUUCGCUUAUGUCUAUCUUAUAAUGUUUGACGUUCUCGUUCUCCCUGCUAGUGAUUAUGUUUCUUGACUUUAUAUUAUAGCUGCUAUGAUAUGAUAUAUGAUAAGAAAGACAUACUAAUUAACAUUCUGGCUGUCCAUGCAGGCAUCGAUGGAGGCUUUGAGACUGGGUUGCCAGUGGACUUCUUGGAGACCACAACUUCAGUCAGUGAAGUUGUUGAAGUCGAUGCUACACAACCGCCUCCUGAAAAGAAAACACGUCCGCUGAAGUCAUCACCAGAAACCCUUGCUCUGCUAGAAAUUGAGAGGGAGAAGCUUCAAUUAUACAGAGAGAGAGUCGCCAUAGAAAGAGAGCGACUCCUCCUUGAGAGGGAAACAUUUGAAUGGGAGAAGAGUAGGGCCAGAGUGUGCAAAAAAUGUUUAACUGAAAUAUAAAUGAAUGAAUUGUAAUCUUGACCAUUGUGUUGCUUCUAUUUUUUAAUUUAGUUUAAAAAAAAUCUAAUAUAAGUCGAUUUCUUGUGUUGAUUCCAUUGUAAUGGACAUCCUGUGCCUCUUCGGGGUGCUCCAUAUCCUGAUCUGGUAUGUCUGGAUCUACAGAUGUUGUGUAGCACAGCUGUCGCUUUGAUGAACAGAACGACCUUCUCUGGAGUAUAUUGGAGAUAUCCACCACUCAUGUCAUGGCACCUCCAUCUAACAUGAGGAAAAUAUGCAGUUUUAGAAAGAUCUUGCAAUAUGUCUUUAGUAGACCUAAGUAUGCCUUGAGCUAGAGGGCCUUACAAUGCACUCACACCUUCCAAAUGAAACACACCAUGCACAGACCUUUAACUACUUUAUGAAUAUACCUGCUCUUCCAGACUCCGAACAGACGUUCCACUCUUGCCCUGCAUUUUUUGUGUGCUUGGUUGUAUCUGAUAAUGCAAAGCAAAUAUCAUAAACUGAGUGUCCUAACAACACAAAUGUAAGAAUACUUAUAUAUAAGCUAUUUUUUUUUAUUUAGCAUACCGCAUGUCUUGUGGUGUGCGCUCAUUGGCUACUGGCGUCAAAAGAAAGGGUUUUAAUGGGUAGCCAGAAUCCCCAAGCAGCCAUCCACUCAAACCACUUUCCCCCAGAUACGUAUUGAUGUCACUGCAGAUAGACUAGUUGUUACAACAAGUAAAACCACAUUUCUAACAAUAUAGGCCUAGGGAAAUAGUCUUAAUCAUAUACGCCACCUUGUGUUGAAGACGAAGGCGUCAUGACUUGACCCAGGCCACUUCGCUACUAAAUGUCGGAUGAGCAUGUUAUGGUCUCCUAUUGCCUGAAUAUUGAUCGCAUGGUAUCCUUUACGGCAAACAUAUAGCUUCAUCCUCUUUGGGCGCUUUAAUUGGAAAUAAGGAUCCGUCCACCAGUCGUAUUACACCCGGCAUCCUUGCGUGUUCAUAGAAGGCUUCCUUGAUGAUGUUGAGUUCAUCACCCGUUGGAAACUUAAUGUAACGUCGGGCUAAUCCGCCAAUGGCUUUUGCCACCUCAGUUAAAUUACGCGACACUGCAGGUUGUGAAAGUUUACCUAUAUCGGCUACUUCGCUCUGAAAAUCACCUUUUGCAAAAAGUCUCAGCGCAUUUGUCAGCUGUACGACAACAGGCAGAGCCCCAUGACGGCGUGUCGGUCUCUCCAGAAAAGGUCGUAGCUCCUCGGCCAAACCCAGGAUCAUGGCCCGGGGAAGCCUGUACCGGCUUAUAAGUGUUGUAUCGCCGAAACGUAAAACAUCGUUGGGAUCACUCAAAAGCCUUUCCACAAACAUAUUUCGUAGAUCCCCAUUAGGCCUACGUCUACGAUUUUGCUGCGCUAUAUGUAAUAAAAGAGCAGCCAUCUCGCUAAUUUGUAACCGUAAAUGACAGUUAUGACAGUUGUGAGAGCUGAUGGGUCGUCCUAAAGUUAGGACCGUUUAUUUGGGAUUUUGGUGAUUUAGGAUAUUUCUGUAAUACACAUUUCCUAUCUGGAGUUAAGAUAAGAACACUGACUUUAGGAUCGGACGUUCUGUAAUGACUUUUCUCCUAAAUCCGGUCCUAACCCUUGUUUCCAUAGUUACCAAACAGAUAACGAGUUAGGAAGUUUCUGUAAUACGGUGAUCUAACUGGUCGAGCUAACUGGUCGAAGUCCCGCCCCCCCUUGCUGACCGCCGAGUCCUCAGCUCACUGAGCUCAGUCGGAGUGGAGACGGAAGAGAGAGAGCAGAACCAGGAGAAGAAUAAGGAUCAGAACCAGGACUAGAACCUGAACCAGAGAGCUGAACCAGAACCUGAACCAGCUGGACCGCGGCCAUGGCUGUAAAUAAGACCAUCAAGUACCUGCUCUUCUUCUUCAACUUCCUGUUCUGGGUGAGCGGCUGCAUCAUCCUGGGAGUCUCCAUCUACAUGAAGGUCAGCAUGGAUGGAAACGUGUUCACGAGCAUGGCGCUGCCCGGGGUGGACCUGAUGAUCGCCAUCGGGGUCAUCAUCAUUCUGCUGGGCUUCCUGGGCUGCUGCGGGGCCAUCAGGGAGAGCCGCUGCCUGCUGCUGCUGUUCUUCAUCAGUCUGCUCCUCAUCUUCAUCCUGCUGCUGGCCGCGGGCAUCGUGGCCGCCGUGGACAAGGAUAAGGUUAAUGACUGGACUAAGGAGCGUCUCAACGACCUCGACCGCCUUCCUCUCCAAGAUCAAACCGCUGAGAUCAAGACGGACGUCCAGAAACUAGAGGCAGAGUUGAAGUGCUGUGGUCUGACGAGGGGACCAGGGGACUGGGGCGGUGCGAUCCCCUCCUCAUGUCACUGUAACGACCACAGCCAGCCCUGCGAGAACAUCGGUGGCCAGAUGUUCUACUCAACCCCGUGCUCAACCCUUAUCAUCCGGGUCCUGGAGGACAACAUGGUGGUGGUGUUGGGGAUCGCCUUCGCCAUCGCCAUCCUGCUGAUCUUCGGCAUGGCGUUUGCGAUGACUCUCUACUGCCAGAUCGGUAAGAAGGAGGGGCCAACGACGGCCUAGACCACCGAGACUCCGCCCCUCGCCACAGCACAGUCAAUGAUGGUCACGUGACAUCAUUGAACUCUCGCACUGGUCACUGGGCAGCGUGUUAUUAGCUUGAUGUAUGUUAGCUUCAUGUUUAACUUCUUGUAUGUUUAGCUUCAUGCAUGUUAGCUUGAUGUAUGUUAGCUUGAUUUAUGUUAGCUUGAUGUAUGUUAGCCUCAUGUAUGUUAGCUUCAUGUAUGUUACCUUGUAUGUUUCCUGUUUAUUACUCACGUUAUGUGCAUGAGCGCCAUGUGCUAUCAUGCUACUGCGCAGAACCAAGCCCCCUCGGGUUCCCAUAAGCUGUGCUUAGCAUUGUGUGCGCUAUGUGUUUUAUCUCCACCAGGGGGCAGUGUUCAUUAUUAUUCCCCUCUGUGUUUGUGUCAGCAUGUGUGCAAACAGUCUUGGACCGUAGUCUGUCAAUACGUUUAGUUUAAGUUCUCUCAUCGUUUAAGGUAAAUCUACAGCCAAUAUGCAUCUAAAUUAUACCAACUGUCAAAUUCUCUCGCCUCACUGCCUCAUGGUGCUCUUUUAUCUUGGUUGGUGUUCUUUAGUUUUAUACAAGAUUGUGUUGUUGACCUCAGGGGUGACCAGUCCAGCUGGACUGGUUCUCCACUGUCUGUCCAGUUUGAAAGGUCCUCUUGGACGGUGUCUCUCUGAAUAUAAUAAAGUUGAUGAAAGCCGUUGAUGUCCGUCUGAGUCCAAGUGGAGCUGAAGUGGUCCAGGGCUGCCAGGCCCGGGUGUCCGGAACGCCUUCGCUUUCAGGAACAAAGUUAAAAGGGUGCGUGUGGAAACCCCAGCUUGAGCGUACCCAUACCAGGGUUUAAACCCCAUCCAGACUACUGUCCAUCAUGUGGUCUAGAGGGGUCUUCAUGGGGUCUAGGUCCUC